GAGCUGUAGACGAAUGAAUUGUAUUCCUCGCCUGGUUACAGUGCAUACACGACGAGAAGCAAUGGCUGGUAAAUCGCGGAUUAGCUCGGGUAUAUCUUCUGGUUUGACCAUAGGAAUUUUAGUACUAAUAUGUAAUGUUGAUGGGCUGCCGGACGGGGCACCCACAUCAGCAUGCACAAAUUUGACGCCAAUGCAUCUGGGCCAGUCUCCGCAUUCCUCUACCGCUCCAUUUAGUAUCAUUCCAACGACACAAUCAUAUACUCCAGGAACGAAUUUAGCUGUAAAUGUAGUGAAUGUUGGCAAUCAACAUUACGCGGGAAUUCUGAUGCAGGCCAGAGCGGUAGGAAGUACAACACCAGUUGGGUCAUGGAGUUCCUUGAAUCUACCAGGUGGUACAAAGACGAUAAUGUGUAGUAAUCCUGCAGAUUCAGUUACUCACUCGAACUCUGUUACGAAGCCAGCCACUACGGUAUAUACAUGGAUCCCUCCCUCAAUGCCAGUUGGAAACAUCGAAUUUGUGGCAACUUUUGCUGUGUCCCGUGAAGUAUAUUACGUCGGUGCCAAGUCACAAACCGUAUUUAAACCGUGUGGGAAUGGAGGGACCUACUAUCAAAGCUCCAGUACGACUGCUGGUUAUAUUUGCGUAUGCGCCGACAAUUAUGAAGGAACACAUUGUGAAGUAAUUAUUAACCCGUGUUUAAAUAGCCCCUGUGUGAAUGGAGGUACCUGCUUACGAGGGACAACGUCCGGUACUUAUAUUUGCAAUUGCUUAACUGGUUACUCAGGAAGAAAUUGUGAAGUAAUUAUUAACCCGUGUUUAAAUAGCCCCUGUGUGAAUGGAGGUACCUGCUUUCAAGGGACAACGUCCGGUACUUAUAUUUGCACUUGCUUAACUGGUUACUCAGGAAGAAAUUGUGAAGCAUUUACCCUGUGUUUCACCGGUGCUUGCAUGAAUGGCGGCACGUGUUUGCAAAGCUCUAGCGCCGCCAACAUUUUCUGCUUGUGCACACCAGGUUAUGCAGGAGACAGAUGUCAAACCACAGUGAAUUUAUGUUCAACUAAUCCAUGUCAAAAUAGUGGAACAUGUCUUCAAAGCUCCGACCGUAAUUCUUAUACAUGUAUUUGCCUACCCACCUAUACUGGAACAAAUUGUGAAACAGUGGUGAUCGACAGCAAUCCUUGUUCCACUAGUCCGUGUGAGAAUGGUGGGACGUGUUUCCAGGGAUCUACAUCAAGUACUUAUGUUUGCACAUGUCUUGUUGGUUAUUCAGGAACAAAUUGUGACGCAUUUACCCUGUGUUCCACUGGUGCGUGCAUGAAUGGCGGCACGUGUUUGCAAAGCUCUAGCGCAGCCAACAUUUUCUGCUUGUGCACACCAGGUUAUGAGGGAGACAGAUGUCAAACCAUAGUGAAUGUAUGUUCAUCUGAUCCAUGUCAAAAUGGUGGAACAUGUCUUCGAAGCUCCGUCAGUAAUUCUUAUACAUGUAUUUGCCUAACCACCUAUACUGGAACAAAUUGUGAAACAGCGUCUUGCUUACCGAAUCCAUGCCUCAACGGAGGAACAUGUUUUCUAAGUCAAAGUGGAUCUUCAUACAUGUGCGUGUGCCCGGAUGGAUUUGAAGGAAUGAGUUGUGAACAAAAGGACUAUUGUCUACCCAGUCCUUGUGAAAAUGGAGGAACCUGUAGUAAUAGGCAGUAUGUCCUUGACUGGAAGUGUGAUUGCCCACUCCCAUAUACUGGAAAGAACUGUACUGAUACAGUCAACUUGAAGCCUUGCCUGUCGACUCCUUGUAUGAACGGUGGUGAGUGUACUGUAGAUGAUGCUAAUAUAAUUGUCUGCAAUUGUCCCGACAAUUACCAAGGAGAUCGCUGUGAGAUUUUCAACGACCCAUGUGAUUGUUCGCCCUGUCAGAAUGGUGGAACUUGCAAGUCUAACUCCACUGGAGUCUACACCUGCGAAUGCCCAGAUGAUUAUCUUGGUCGCACAUGUCAAAACUAUCGACCAGAUCCUUGUUCAGAAAAUCUUUGUGGAAGUGGCACAUGUGUACCUACUGGUGAUGGAUCUACGUACGCGUGUACUUGUGCGCCCGGAUUCACUGGGGAUAACUGCGGGGAUUAUGAUCAUUGUCAUAACAAUAUGUGCAUGAAUCGAGCAACGUGUGUUCCUUAUGACCAAAGUAAUGGCUACCACUGCAUGUGCCAACCUGGCUACAGUGGCACUUUUUGUGAUGGAGGAAGUUGUGUUUCCAGUAACCGUAAUUGUAUGAACGGCGGAUUCUGUACUGAGAGUGAAAACACCUUAAUCUGCACGUGUGAGCCAGGAUAUGUUGGCGAAGAUUGCGAAUUUCUGUCAGAUCCAUGCUCUAGCAAUCCUUGUCUGAAUAAUGCUAUGCAGUGCUAUAACGGUCAACAACCUGGUUCAAUCUUGUGUGUAUGCGCCUCUGGAUUCAGUGGCCAACUUUGUGAAAUUCGAGACGGUGUAGAUCCAUGUCCAGAUAAUUACUGUCAAAACGGAGGAAUAUGUACUGCCAAUGGAGACGGAACAUAUACAUGUCAAUGCCCCCAAGACUAUACAGGCGACAUGUGUGAGACAAAACUGGAGUGCCCAGCGUUAUUUUGUUUGAAUGGAGGAACAUGUAGCGUGGCUGCUGACAAAGUGUCAUUCAUUUGUAACUGUCACAGUGAUUUUGCUGGCGAUCGAUGUGAAACAGUUAUAAGUGGAACAUCAGCACCAGGUCUACAGUGUCCAUCUGAUUAUUGUAGAAACGGUGGAUCGUGUAGUAUUAUAAAUAAUGUCUAUGUUUGCGCUUGUCCAAUGGGCUUCGAAGGAGUUCUUUGUCACCAAGAAAUAUGUACUAAGUCGUGUCUGAAUGGCGGUGUAUGUAGUAUUGUUGGUGGUGACUCUAAAUGCUUUUGUGGAGAAGGCUACACCGGAGAAUAUUGUCAAAACGAACUGUGCCCAACUAAUUACUGUAAAAAUGGCGGUACUUGUUUCACUUCUGGAAUUGUACACAAAUGCACGUGUACGGCUGGCUACGAAGGAGAUACAUGCGACAUGAUGAUCGACGAAUGUGACGCUCAACCUUGUCGAAAUGGUGGUACGUGUACCACUGACACGUUAGGCAGUAUCACGUGUAUAUGCACAUCCGGCUUCUCUGGUACUUUCUGUCAAAUGGGCACCUGUCAUAGUGAUACCUGCAAAAAUGGUGGGACAUGUUCGGAUGAAGGCGAAAUUUCGUGCGACUGCACAGGAACUGGCUAUGCUGGUAUUGAUUGCUCUGAAGUUAUUGAUCAUUGUGCGGGCACGCCAUGUGCUAAUAAUGGUGUUUGUACAAAUUCGGAAACCGGUUUUACAUGUAUGUGUCAAAAUGGAUGGAGCGGUGUAACAUGCCAAGAUGCCUCAGUUAAUCACUGCAUGUCAGAUCCGUGUCAAAAUGAUGGAAGAUGCUUUACAGAGAUAGAUCGAUAUUACUGUUUCUGUCCUGUUCCAUGGUUUGGUGACAAUUGUGAAAUUAAAGGAGCGCUACCAUGCGAUUCGAACCCCUGUCAAAAUGGUGGAACGUGUAUCCCAAUGGGAAACUCGGAAUAUUCAUGCUCAUGUACCAACGGAUACAAGGACUUAAAUUGUGACAAUGAUGUUUCACCAAACAGUGCAAAAAGUAGCACUCUUGAUGACCUGCCUAUUGACAUCUGGUGGUUGGUGCUAAUCGGUUUAAUUGUCAUUCUUCUCAUCUUGUUCGUCAUCGUAGCGUACUGUGUUUGUGGUCAUGAUAGCGACGACGACAGCCUCAUAAAACCAUCCGCUUAAAAGCUCACGUAUUCGUAUAACGUGAAUCGACUAAAUGACGCAUUGAUGAUCAAGUACCGUACAAACAGCAGGGUUUGAAGCUCUGUCCACACUAUUCUAUGUGAUAAAUUUGGAUGUUAGUGCCCACAUAUGGGCAUGAUGAUGUCACAUUACAAAGGCAUAUCACGUGAUAGUGUGAACAGACCCUAAAGCUCUAUUCACACUAUCAAAUAUGCAUGUUAUGAUGUCACCAUGCCCAUUGGCAAUUCACACGUCAUUUUAAUAGUGUGGACAUAGCUUUACUUGCUAUAUCAAGAAAUGCAGAGUCCAGCUGUAUACAUACAACAGAGGUCGAAAACGAUUUGCUGUCAUUUUGAAAAUAUGAAGGUGGAUGUAGCUUAUGCAAUAUUGAUUAUAAACUCAUAUAAAUGCUUAACAGAAUUGUUUAUUAGGCUUAAUUAGUUUACAUAAUUAGCAGAGCAUUCACAAAACUGUAUAUGAUGCUUGUAUGUGAUGAGAAUAUUUCACUGGUCAUGCCACAAAUGAAAUGUUUUCAGAUCAUUCACUGCUUAUAAUGGUGUUGAGCCUGUGUUGUAUACACCCUUUUAAACUAUGUGUAUAGAUUAGCUUGUAAUAAUUAUGAGCUUGAAAAAAAAAUUUAAUUCAGUUAUAGUCGGAAAAUUUCUGGAGCCACCGCUGGUCAUUCUAUCUCGCCACCAAAGAUCUUAUAAACACGUUCUCCGCGAUUUUCCGCGUGCAAAUUCUGUAAGUGUACGGCGCCCUCUCUCUUUAGAACAAUUAAGGAACAAUUAACGUAUUUGGGUAACAAAAUUUGGCGUAACACGAACACUCCAUUUAGGAACCAUGGCAACGACUAGGACGCCCUCUCCCAAAAGUGAUUACUUUUCUGUGCCAAAACGACCCUUCUAUUGUUACGCGAAAAUCGCUGAGAAAGCCAUGUUGUGUUUAUAAGAUUUGCUUUGCUCGCCACUUUAUCAAUUGAUUUUAUAGGGGAAGAGGGCAGGCACCUUUUCAUUACAAUCUAUUAGAAAUAUACAAAAAAUGCGAAAAGCGCUCUGAUCUUCAUAAAGAAUGUAAAGUGCUGUAAUGUAGAAUCUUAUUGAAAGCGAAUACGCAAAAAAAAAAAUAUUUACCACAAGAGGGCAUACCAUAGAUAAUGCAUCAUUAUGUAAAGGGUGAUAUACUGUCGUCUUUAUCAUUGAGACGGCGAGAAAUUGAGGAACUCAAGUGAUGUUAAUGAUAUUGCCUUAAAACUUUUCAGUUCAAAUUAUGUGCGAUAUAAACAUCAACUCAACCUGGAAUCCCUCAGUUUAUAUGUUAUAUAAAUAUCAUAGUGAUAACAAUAACAAUAAUGCUUGUACUGUUUCUAAAAAUAUAGGUAUUACGACCUACUUUCUUAAAUAUAUUAAAUUUAAUUUAGCUUGAAGAUCAGAAAUGAUAAAAUUUAUAUUGUGUACAUCUUUGAUAAAAAAAAAAAUCACAUAUUUUUAUAGGUGUACUGUACGUUAAACAUCAAUAGAGUAAAUGCUUGACAACGCUUAGUUAUUAAAAUUUUGAUAUAAAAUGCGAGUUAAAUAUACUUUCUUUUUUACGAAGUCGUAUAUGAGUACGGUAGUAGCUUUAUAAGAUGCACGAUUUGUAUAUUUAUAGAAAAUAUAGCACCAAAGAAUGAUUUGUUUUUACAAUAAAGGGUUUGGAAGAAGAAAUUA